AUGUACUCAGUGGUGGCGCUGGCCACCCAGAUCCUGGUCAGCGUCCAUGCAGUUGGUGAUGUGAGACAUAUCUCAAUCACCGGGGAUCUGGUAUUGGGUGGCGUCUUCCCGGUACAUUGGAAGGCCCAGCGACAAGAUGGCGAUCCAUGUGGAGCAAUCGCCGAAACGAGGGGUGUGCAUCGAGUCGAGGCGAUGCUUUAUGCUCUUGAUGUCAUCAAUUCCCAGCAAGACUUCCUUCGAGGAUAUAAAUUGGGAGCCUUGAUUCUUGAUUCUUGCUCAAAUCCGGCGUAUGCUUUAAACCAAAGUCUCGACUUUGUGCGAGAGCUGAUUGGGAGUACAGAGCCAUCAGAAUACCAAUGUCACGAUGGCUCACCGCCAACCCCAAAACAAUCUAAGAUGUUGCAAACACGAAGAAAUGUAGUGGCCGUUGUUGGAGGAAGUUAUUCUUCUGUUACUGUUCAGGUCGCCAACCUCCUACGACUUUUUCGUAUUGUCCAAGUUAGUCCAGCAAGCACAAAUGCUGAUUUAUCAGAUAAAGCUCGAUUUGAAUUUUUUGCCAGAACCGUGCCAUCUGACAACUACCAAGUACGGGCAAUGAUCUCAAUAGCCAAGGAAUUCGGCUGGACCUAUAUCUCACUCCUCUAUUCAGCUGAUGAAUAUGGAGAGCUAGGAGCUGAAGCAUUCAAAAAGGAAGCACGCAAAGAAAACAUUUGCAUAGCGACCGAAGAACGUGUGCUGAAUAAAAAGGAGAGCAUCAGCGAGUCUAUCGACAAUCUCAUCAAAAAAUUGCAACCUGAGAAGAAGGUCGGGGCACGGGUCGUCGUAUUGUUUGUUGGGACAGAAUAUGUGGCUGAGCUAAUGAAUCAGGCAGCCGAGAAAAUGAAGCUUCAGAAGAAUGCUGGGAAGAAAAAGUUGAUAUGGCUGGCUUCUGAGGGCUGGGAUCGGAAUAACGAGGCUUACAUCCAAGGGCAAAGGAAGUUGGCAGCGCAGGGAGCAAUUGUGUUGAUGUUGUCAUCACAAAGAGUGCCAUCUUUUGAAGACUAUUUCCUCAAGCUUCAUCCUGGUUCCGAGCAAUUUGAGCGCAACAAAUGGCUGCGAGAGUUGUGGAUGAGCAAAUUCGAUUGUGAAUUUGAUUUACCCGAUCAGUCGACCAGGAAUCGUUGUGAAGAUCAACGCAAUACACCUGACAGCUUCACAGCCGAUGAUAAAGUCCAAUAUGUUAUCGACGCUGUCUACGCCCUCGCCCAUGCACUCAGGAGCUACAAAGACGAGGUCUGCCCGGAGGAGAAUGUGGAAAACAAUUGGGUCAGCCGGAAAGAUGAUCGCCGAGAAGCGUGUGUCGGCAUGGAAAAUAUUGACGGUGGCCGUCUCUAUCAUCAUUUACUCAAAGUGAAAUUUGAUGACCUUGUCGGCAAAAAGGUCCAUUUCACGAAAGAAGGCGAUGGCCCUGCAAGCUAUACAAUUUUGAAUUAUCAACCUGCCAGCAUGAGUGAUAAGCAACGGCGUGACAAAAUGGAUCUCGACACCUUCCGCUCGGAUUACGUCGAAAUUGGAAGUUGGAGCGAGGGACAGCUUGAAAUCCAACGGUCGAAGCUGGAUUGGGGAGAUGAUGUUCCGUUAUCGAUUUGUUCGAUGCCAUGUCAGAAGGGAUAUAGGAAACAGUUGAUCAAGGAUGAAAUUUGCUGUUGGGCCUGUAGUAAAUGCGAAGAUUAUGAAUAUCUGGUGAAUGAGACGUUUUGUUUGGACUGUGGUCCUGGAUGGUGGCCAAAUGCUGACCGCAAGAGUUGCUUUAACAUUGCUGAGCGGAAUCUAAAGCAUAUGAAGUGGAGGUCAUGGUAUAGCAUAGUUCCGGCUAUUUUCGCCAGUCUUGGCAUUGGAACGUGUAUCUUUAUUAUUCUUGUUUUCAUGAAGCACAACGAUACCCCGGUUGUAAAAGCUUCGGGCCGGGAGCUUUGCUAUAUCCUUUUGAUUGCCAUGAUAAUGUGCUACAUGAUGACGUUUGUGCUGUUGGCUCGUCCGGUGACCUGGGUCUGCGGAUUGAAGCGGACCGGCAUCGGUUUUGCCUUCUCAUGUCUCUAUUCAGCAAUGUUGGUGAAGACCAACCGGAUAGCUAGGAUAUUUUCACAGGCCACCCGAUCAGCCGUUAGGCCCGGGUGUAUAUCCCCCAUUUCUCAAGUGCUGCUCACUUGCUUCUUGGCAGGGUUGCAGUUACUUGGCAGUUUAUGUUGGCUGGCCAUUGUUCCACCUGGAACACGCCACAUCUACCCAACCCGUGACCAAGUUGUGCUCACCUGUAAUGUUCCUGAUCAUCAUUUUCUGUAUUCAUUGGCAUAUGAUGCGGGUCUCAUUGUGCUCACUACGGUAUAUGCUGUUCAAACAAGAAAGGUCCCUGAAAAUUUUAAUGAAACCAAGUGGAUCGCGUUUUCUAUGUACACGACAUGUGUACUUUGGGUCUCAUGGAUCUUCUUCUUCUUUGGCACGGGUACAGAUUACCAGAUCCAAACGUCGUCGCUCUGUAUUUCGAUCUCGAUGUCUGCAAAUGUUGUGCUGGUGUGCAUUUUUUCGCCUAAACUGUGGAUCAUCCUCGUCGACAAGCAUAAAAACGUUCGGAAGCAGGAUGGAGAAUAUAUGCUGGCGAAGAGAUCAAAUACUUCGAACAUACACGGACCGGCGCUGCAGAACACGAAUACACUCUCUGGAGUUCACGGUGAAGCCGAGCCAACACCCUAUACUGCGCUACUGGGGAAUGACAAGCGAAAAACAUCACGUCGGAUCACACCACCAUCCUGUACUAACAGCUCAGCUCAAGAUACUUUUCUG